UAAUUCCCCACCCCCAUCCACUCUCUCCCCAUCACUACGUCUCACCACACCUCACAACACUCCAUCUUCAUCUUCGUCUUCAUCCUUCUCUGAAUUGAUUACUAUGGCUCUUGAAGCUCUCAACUCUCCCACCGCCGCCACCGCGCCCUUCCACCACGAAACCGCCGCCAGCCUCAGCUAUCUCCGGGAGUCGUGGGCUAAGGGCAAGCGCUCGAAGCGUCCGCGUAUGGAGAUCGGAAAUCCGCCCACCGAGGAAGAGUACCUCGCUCUCUGCCUUAUCAUGCUCGCUCGCGGCGGCUCUGGACGCAACUCCCCGGCCUCCUCCCCUCCGCCGCCCUCGGAGCCGAAACAUGUCUACAAGUGUAGCGUUUGCGACAAGGCGUUUGGAUCCUACCAGGCCCUAGGCGGUCACAAGGCCAGCCACCGGAAGCUCGCGGGCGGCGAAGACCAGUCGACGACCUCCACCUCCACCUCCACCACCACCGCUGGCAACACGACUACCGCCCCUGCCCCCGGCGGAGGUAAAACGCACCAGUGCUCCAUCUGCCACAAGUGCUUCCCCAGCGGCCAGGCCUUGGGCGGACACAAGCGGUGCCACUACGAAGGCGGCAACACUAGCGAAGGAGGCGUUGCCGGAAGCAGCGGGCGCUCCUCGUCGGAAGGGGUGGGCUCCACAAUCAGCCACCGUGGCUUCGACCUGAACCUGCCUGCCUGGCCAGAAUUCUUCUCCGGAUUCACGGAGGACGAGGUCACGAGUCCUCAUCCGUCGAAGAAGCCGCGUUUUCUGAUGCCGGCGAUAUCCAAAGUCUCCGGCGAAGACCACCAGAUCAAAAAAUUAGGGCUCAAUCUGUAGGAAUUGGUUUGAAUCUUAAUUAGGCGUCAUUAUUUAAUUUCCUUGGGUUUUCCAAUUUCUCGUAGUGGUGACAUUUAAUUUUUUUGUGUAAAUAGAAUAUUAGAAUAUAUAUAUAUAUAUAUGUAUUUGAAGAUUGAAGUUGUCUCUCUCAUUCUUAGUGAGAAUUUAAUGAAAAUUCCAUUUAUUUA